UUAUUAGAAGAUUCUUAAUUAGACAAUGGCUUCUUCGACAACAAUGGCAGAGACGAUAUCUUGGUACACUGCUUUGUUUAUGGCAGCGAUGCUGAUUUUGAGCAGCUGCGAAGUGAGUGAAAGCGAGUCGGCGGAGGUUGACGACAUUGUAGCCGGCGGCCGCCGCAUGAAUAUGGCGGAGAGGCGGCCGUGUGAUGAGAUAUACGAGGUACGAGAAGGAGAGACGUUGCAGAGUAUCAGUGAAAAAUGCGGAGACCCGUUUAUUAUCGAAGCGAACCCGCAUAUCCAUGACCCGGAUGAUGUCUUCCCUGGACUCCUUAUCAAGAUCACCCCCUUCAAUCCCCAUUAAAACAUAUAUAUAUAUGUGUAUAUAUAUAUAUAUAUCCAAAUUUCAGUACAAUUUCGUUUUUGCUUUAAUUUUUUUUGUGGGGUGAUUUGAAGGGGAAUGAUUGUUCUCGUUAUACUCGAGAAAUGAUUAAUGAAGGUAUAU